UGUGACGUUUGCGUUUUCUUGUGCUGUUGCUGUUGUUGUUUCCUUGCCAUUGAACAACAUUACUUCACUGUGCGGAGCCCAUCCUGAUUUUGAGGCACGCCGCGCCACAGUUGCAAACAUGGUCAAACCCCAGGAGCUCGAUGCCCUCCGGCUCUGUGUCAAACUGGCACGCGACGCCCUAGAGGCUGGGGACGCGCCGUUCGGGUCGGUGCUGGUUGCCGACGACGGCACCAUCCUCAAGCAGGACCGCAACCGCACCGUGACGGGCGAGAAGGGCGACCACAAGGCAGACGCGACCUUGCACCCCGAGUUCGUGCUCGCGCGCUGGUCGCAGCUUCACAUGUCCUCAGCGCAGCGUGCGACCUCCACCGUCUACACGUCGGGCGAACAUUGCCCCAUGUGUUCCGCAGCGCACGCCUAUGCCGGCCUUGGAAGGAUAGUCUACGUAUCGUCUUCGGCUCAGUUGGUGGAGUGGAUGAAAGAAUGGGGCGUCGAGCGCAACACGGUCAACCCGCUGCCCAUCAACGCUGUAGCGCCAAACAUCCCGGUGGAGGGUCCUGUCGCGGGCUUAGAUGCUGAGGUGAAGGAGCUACAACGUCUGAGGUUUAAUAGCAUCGCAAAGGCAGAGAUAUAACCAAGUCUGCCUUGAACUUCUGUGGCUGGACGGCGCUGCUCUGCAAGACUGGCAUGCUCAAGACGAGGUAUAGGUAUUUGAUGCGGAUCAUCGAGGAUUAAGCUGCUUUGUGUUCUGCUUGACAAACCUGUGUUGGUCUCAUCUUUUUAGAGUUGCGGAAGUCUGGUGGCAGAAGGAUUGUGGAUGUACCAGACCCCUGCCUGGCUUUGGCUCAGGUCUGUUGGUCAACUUGUCGGGCGUAUGUGGCAACGAAUCGGGGACUUGGGAACUGCCAGAGACAGGGGGUUUUUGCGUGGGCGACCGGUUGGGGAAUGACAAGAGCGCAGCACGUGCAUUAUUGGAAUUCCCUCAAUAUCAAUCUGAUACGAAGUACGAUCAAGCUUAUUGUUAGCAAGGCAGCCUCGUGUCGGAGAAGGUCU